AUGGAAAAGGAGCAAAUAUUAGGAGAUAUGAAGCCUACUGAAGCUUGGACAGAGGAUUCAUGGGAUCCCUAUAAAUAUACUGCGGAAAAGAGAAAGGAGAUCUUGAGUACCAUGAGUAAGAAAGCUCGGGAAGAGCAAAAGAAGUUGGAAGAAGCGAGAAAGAAGGAGGAGGAGGAGCGAAAGCAGCAGGAACUAAAGGAGGAACUUGAAAGAAAGCAGAAAGAGGAAAAGGAAAAGCAAAGCAAGAAAGAGAAUGAGAAGAAGAAGAAAGAUAAGAAGAAAAACGACACGCUGAUCCCCACCUACACAAAAGCAGAGCUGAAGCGUGCGGAAGCGAUAAGACGAGAGAAGCAGCGUGAGAGAGAUAUCAAAAGAAACGAAGAGGCAAAAGAGAAGGAGCGCGAGAUGGAGGAGGCGAUGCUGGCAGAGUCUGCUGCGGAAUCCGCUUCCUCAGCCUCUACUGCCGAGGAGGAGUACAAAGUGGACCAGUCGGCUCAUUGGUGUCCGUUGUUCGUCGGCUUCUUGGUGGUUGUCCUGCUGUUCGUGCUGGUGGUUCGCUUGUUUCCGACCUACCGCCUGCGUUCUAUGAGCUGGUGGACCGAAUGAAGGGCGUGUAUGGGUCUCGCCUGGUGCUCAGCGAGAUGGACGACCGCGUUCCCGAGAAGGUGAAGCAGCUCUAUUUCCAGAUUAGUUUCUCGAAGUUCAGCGAACUCUGCGAUUUCUAUCUUUCGCCGUGGUUCAAGCAUCUGGUCCACUACUACUGGAUGGAUU